AUGGCCCCUUCGGUGCUUGAGCCUGUCAUCUCAGCCACUUCCUCUUCAGACGUUCAGAAAGUUGUCAAAAACGGCACACCAGCUAGUGGUACAACGAAGGUCGACCCCUCUCAUGAGGAAUACCAGUACCUGAACCUGAUUCGCGAUAUUCUCGACCAUGGCGAGCACCGGCCGGAUCGCACAGGGACAGGCACAUACUCCAUCUUUGCCCCAGCGCAAAUGAAGUUCAAUCUGUCUCGCCCAUCGUCAGACCCCACCGCACCACCAGAGCUCAUCUUACCCCUCCUCACGACCAAACGCGUGUUUCUGCGCGCCGUAAUCGGCGAACUUCUCUGGUUCGUUGCUGGCUCCACACACUACAAGUCCCUGCAAGAAGCUGGCAUCAAGAUCUGGGACGGCAACGGUUCGCGCACCUACCUCGACAGCGUCGGCUUGUCACACCACGAAGAGGGAGACCUUGGGCCUGUGUACGGCUUCCAAUGGCGGCAUUUCGGUGCAGAAUACAAGGGGCACGAUGCAGACUACACAGGGCAAGGCGUGGACCAGUUGGCAGAGGUUAUCGAUAAGUUGAAGAAUCGACCGUACGAUCGAAGAAUCAUUCUGAGCGCAUGGAACCCGGCGGAUUUGAGGAAGAUGGCUCUUCCUCCUUGUCAUAUGUUUGCACAGUUCUACGUUUCGUUCCCCAGGCAGAAGGAGGGCGAGACAGAAAGGCCGAGGGGUGUGCUGCAUUCGCUACUGUACCAGCGCUCUUGCGAUAUGGGACUCGGCGUGCCCUUUAACAUCGCAUCAUACGCUCUGCUAACGCACAUGCUGGCGCAUGUCUGCGAUCUCACACCGGGAACCUUUACACAUACCAUGGGCGACGCACAUGUGUACUGCGAUCACGUCGACGCAGUCAAGGUGCAAGUAGAGCGGGAGCCACGCGACUUUCCUACACUGAAGAUCAACCGAGAGCCUGGCGGUAGCAUUGAUGGAUGGAAGGCCGAAGAGCUUGAGGUCCUUGGAUACAAGCCGCAUGGUGCAAUUGCGAUGAAGAUGAGUGUAUGA